AUGAAUCAUAUAAACCAAUGGAUCGAGCAUCGUAAGCGAAACGGGUGGGAAACCGGAAAACGGCUGGAGAUAUAUUAUGUCGAAGACUGGUUACGUGAUAUCUUAUUUGAUGAUAUAUACGCAAGAAGCGAAGAAGAUCUAAACGGAAGAGCGUUCAUUAAUAUUCGUGGUGGAAAAAUCUUAUUCACCACUGGACAAAUGAAAGCUAAAAGCCGAUUCUUCUGUAUUUUUGCGGAUUGCGUUCAAGAAGAAAUUUGA